AUGUUGUCGGUGGUAGUGUGGGUGACAUGGUCUGCGUGGGUCGUGGGCGUGCGCGCGCGCGCCCUGGACCCGGCUGCGUGUGCGGCUCGGUUCGACGUGCAGCGGGACAAGAUCAUCCGAACGGAGGAAUCGCGGGAGAUGGGCGCGCAGUACCUCUCCGAGCUGGACGUGGGCGCGAGAGCUGAGUGUCUGCGGCUCUGCUGCGAGACGGACGGAUGUGACGUUUUCGUCUUCGAGGAGAAGAGUCCGGGUAGCUGUUACCUCUUUAAAUGCGGACCACCCGAAGAUUUCCGGUGCAAGUUUACCAGUCACGGCAAUUUUAGCAGCGGCGUGUUGGAAAUUAGCAGGCACUUGGCAGAGCUUCAGGAUGAGGAACGUCUAGUGCCGCUACAUCAUCAGCUCGCGGAGCUCAGCCGAACGCACAGUACCACCACGAGUACCCCACGACCACCACCUAUGCCGCUGCACCCAGCACCUCCGGCUCUACCUGCCACAAAACCACCAAUUGCGGACAGUGGUGGUGUUGAGAGGGGAAGGUGCAGCCGAUACCAGUUUGCGUGUCGUGCUGGUGGGGAAUGCAUCGCUGUAUACAACGCUUGUGAUGGCGUGCCUCAGUGCGCUGAUGGGAGUGACGAAGCACCUGAGUUGGGUUGUCCAGUGCCCUCGACAGCAUCGCCACCACCUCACCCACGUACAUACCCACCUGUGAUCCCCCAGGUAAAGAUGCAAGCAGAGAUGGAGGAGAACAACAACAGGAUCGGUGAAAUGAAUGUACGAGCUGCUGAAGCAGCAGCAGCAGAUCUGUGGCCACAUCGACUGACACAAGCACAACCACAGCAUCGAUAUAACAGUGGGAUACCAAGUAUAGAUGCAUCUGGUGCAGGCGGACCCCACAUUUUCAGCCACAAGGGUGGUCUAGUGCAAGAAUUGGACGAAGGCCUACCACCCCCACCCGCUCCAGCAACGUGGCCGCAUCGCACUUGGCAACCGUCUCGUCGCCAUCCUGGCACCGGAUUAAAUGUGGACGUAGCAGCGGAGAGAGAAAAUGUGAAUAUGGGCAUGGAUGGACCAGAAGGCGAGUGGAUGGGGCAGCAACUUGGUCGUGCGGUGCCCUACUGGCCGUCGCAUCACCUCUCACCAGAAACGCAGCAGCAGAUUUCACAGCAAACAUUGUACGGAAAGAACGUGGGCAACGUGGCGACUGGGAUUGGCAAUGGUGGCGACACAAUGCCAGAAUUAGCCGUGGUGUACACAAGCGAUCGUGCCGCACCUCUAUCCGACGCUCCUAAAAAAGGCUUUGAGCUGGCUGCUCUUCCCCCUGAGCCACCUACCCCCCCACAUCCAACACAUACGCCGCGAGCCCCUGUACAAAACGCUCAUGAUCUGGUCUCCCCGCCCUUUGAAAGCACUACUAAGAAGAAAGCUCUAAAAGAUAAGGAGGAAAUCCAUGUAGUUCAAAAGCCGCAAUCGGCCGUGGUACACGAAGAAUACCAAAUGAAACCGGCUGCGCGGGAGCAGCACGAACAAUGGGCGAGCGACGAGCACGAGGGACUGAGUGAACACCCAGCGGGCGCGUUGCUGCUCUUAGUCCUUGGAACGUUGAUGACAGCUGCCUUGGGCACAGUGGCAGGUUGCAGAGCACGCGCCACCAGACGCCGGAGACACAAGCGAUAUGCCCUGGAUGCAGACUACCUGGUCAACGGCAUGUACCUCUAG